AUGUUAGUGCACCUGAGGCACUGUGGCGAAUAUUUGAGUAUCCCACACACUAUUAUCCGUCUUAAGGUUCAUCUUCCUGAGAAUCAGAUUGUGUAUUUUAGAGAAGGAGAAGAACAAGUGGCGUUAGAUCGUGCUGCUCAACGUGAUACACACCUUACGGCCUGGUUUAAAUUGAAUUCUGAAAAUGAAGGAGCCCAUCACUACUCAUAUGUUGACAUUCCAUAUCACUUUGUAUUUGAUGAUAAACAUUGUAAAUGGAAGGUUAGACAAAGAGAUGGAAAUAAGGUGAUAGUAAGAAUGUAUAAAGUUAGUCCAACAGGAGAAUUAUUUUUUCUUAGAUUUUUACUUUUGCAAGCGAAAAGAGCAACAUCUUGGGAGGAUUUGCGUACUGUUAAUGGAAUAGUUCUUGAAACCUUUCGUGAAGCGUGUGUUUUUAAUGGUUUGUUGCAAGAUGACACUGAAUGGCAGAAUACUCUUUCUGAGGCAGUUUGCCUAAGCAAAUCAGGCAAUGCCUAA